GCCGGGCCGGGCCGGGCCGGGCCCGAGGAGGAAAGGCAGAGGCGCCCGCAGGCUUUGCCGAGCGAGGUCUCCCCGGAGGAGAAGCGUUCCUGGCGCCGAGUGCACCGGUGGCUUCACCUUCUCCGGUGUAGCAAAUUCUGCGCCCACGCGUGCGAGAAGGAUGAAUGGGAUCCCGUGCGGAUGUGCGAGAGGCCGUUUAGCUUGAUGGUAUUUAAUUUUAGGACCUAAAGGAUUACACUUGCUCUGAGGGUUGAGCUAAACGACGCCUGAGACGAUCAGUCUUCUGUGUAAGGCUUUGCCCGGCGAACACCAGAAGAAGAGCUCUCUAAGCUAAAUCGCAGCGAUGGCGCUAGAGCAAUAAAUACACGCAAGCCGUCCUUGAACAAGCGUAGGUUGGAAAUUAGAGGAUGUUUUCUUCUUGGAGCAGUGCAGUUUCAAGGGGAAUAGCUUAGCAGCUCUGCUCCUGAGGUGGAGCCUGACGAGCUUGUCGGAGGGUUUUGGAGGCGCCGAUUAUCGGCAGGACAGGGUGGGCCGCUCAGUGACGGCUCUGCCAAAGCAGGAGGCCACUUCUGCCUUCCUCCACCUUAGCACUUGCUCCGUGCUGGGCUGCGGUGGCUGUUGGGCCCCUUCGGAGCUGAUUCAAAUCAUUAGCCUGGCGGAAAAACAACUAGCAAAAACCAAAGGCACGCAAGGCGCCGGAGAGGCUGCGAUGGGUAAGUGAAUUGAAUCGGCUCAGGAGGGCUCCUGUGAGGAGCAGAGUUGGAGGAGGAAGAGAGGGACAGAGCAGAGGAGCCGAAUCCCUCUCCUUUGGCAGUGCUCAGCCGUUAGAUCGGCUCGGCUGGUCCGAGACUACGCUCUGAGAAGCGCUCUACACCUUUUGUUUCCACCGUUCUUUUACUGCGCUGCAGUAGCCCCGUUGUGAGAGGGAGGGAGUAAUUUUGUUGGUCGCCUUGUUUUGUUUGUGCGUGAGUUCGCAGCGUACUUUAGAAUUAGCUUGGCUACCUGUUACUGCCGUACUGGUGAUGCAGAAAGGAGAUUGUUGUCGGAUGACGUUACGCGUCUGCUGAGAAAAAGUUGUGUGAGCCAGGCAUGAGAGUGCGUAAACAUAUCUGCAGAAGUACUGUGGUGUUGCUGGAGAAGUUCCUGUUUGCUUGUAUUUGAUGAACCUUCACCUUUAGCUCCUUACAGCAGUGAUUAUUUUUUUUUUCUGGUGUUGGCUGGAACGUUCAGAUAUAUCUGGGCGCUGAAGGGUCAAGACUGUAGUCAAAGGCAAACUCAGUUUCUGCACUCCAGGACGUAUCCCUGACUUUUCUUCCGAAGGAACAGGAUUUGUCACCUUCUUGUCUGGAUUCUCUGAACAACUACGCCUGAAGGAACUGGAGGUUCCUGGUGGAGAGUGGUUUAGGAGCAAAACACCGGGGCUGCUCUUGGCACUUGGUGAAGCAGCAUUAGCACUUGCUUUAGAGCUGGAACAACCGGGGUGUGCCCGGAGAGUUGUCUGUGCACACAACAUAGGCGUGCAGGGGCAGGUUAGAGGUCGGGAAGUUUUCCUGCCCAGGUUCUGUUAAAGUCCUGGCUUAGUUACUCCCCUCGCAAGUAUAUUCCAAGUGUUUGAACCUCAGGUGUCUCCCAGAGAGCGAUAAACCCCAAGCCAUCAAACUGAAUGGACCAUGUGAGAGUGGCACAGGCUCAACUGUCUUGCUUAUUUCCGUAUUCUCCUUUUUUAUGUUCUGCCAGUGAUAGUUGUCUCAAGUAAAGUUUUUUUUGCUUUCUUGCUGACUCCUCCCUGCUGCCGCGGGCAGGCUGGCCCUAUUUUAACUCCAUACUGGCCUGUCCCACUUCUGCUGGGUACCCAGAGCAUUGCAGUUGCGAUGCUGCUAGGGAAAUCCUAAAGCUUAAGCUUUGAGAAGCAUUUCCAUGUGACUGUUGGAGGUUUUUGAUUCAGAUGUGUCAUUCUUACCUUGCAGUCGUUCAGGCUCGAAAGGGCAAAGAUAGGGAGGGAGAAACCAGCCUGCACAUUAAUGAGUACCUCAGCCCAGUGCGAUGGUUUUCAGCGCUGCUGGAAAGCGUGGGAUAUCCUGCCAUGAGUCUGUCCCCGUAUGCAGACACUUCUGCUUCCUCACCGCUGCAGCUGCGCCGGCUGAGGCUGGCAGUGGGAGCACGCCGCUUGACCAGUGCUGCUCCUAGGGAUCUCUGUCUGUGACGUCCCGUUGCAUGUCGUGAAGACGUGCCCUGAAUCGAGCCAGAUUAGGAAUGUCUGUGAAGUAAAGAAAACAACAGGCAGAAGCAGCCAAUUCAUAGGGAAAUCUGCAUCUGUAGGGAAUGUGGCUGUGAUGCAUCUUUUGCAUCCAGUCAGAUAUCUAGGAAAAUUUGAUGUUUCUUCCGGCUGAUCUUUUCAAAGACCUGGCUGGUCACGUUGGUGUUUGAGUCUUUAGAGUGACUGGGUGGCCACUAGCAGAUGCAGUGAUGGGAACACCACCAGACAGAGCAUCUCGUAAGUGUAUUUGCAUGCAGUUUAAUCCCUUAUGUAUGUGUGAACACUUGCGAAGAGCUACUCGAUGAAGACAAGAUACCAUGAGUUCCUGUGUAAGGAGUACGUAUUUGCCUUUGCUAUACUCUGAAGGAACUAAUUGAUUUGGAAGACCUAAGGGAAAUACCUGAAACCUAUUUAGAUAUGAACCUAGUUUUGGGUGAGGACUAUGAGGCAUAUGCUGAUCAUCAUGGCAAGGCGCAACCUGCAGAAUCCUGUCCCAACUUCUGCUGUGGAGAUUGCAUGCGUCGAUACUGUUGCUCUAAUGUGCUACUGAAAUUUGAUGAAGGACAACAAUUUAAGUGUAAUCUGCUUGAUGGAAGGACCUCUGGCUCAGGCAAUGUGAAUUACCUGCAGUUCCGUGCAGACUUUGAUGAUUACAUAGACUCUGGCCCCAGGACUGAUUCAGAGAUUUAUGAGGAUGCAGUUGAACUUCAGCAAUUCUUUAUUAAAGUUCGAGAUGAACUGUGUAAAAAUGGAGAGAUUCUUCUGUCACCAGCUCUCAGCUAUACCACCAGGCAUCUUCACAGUGAUGUAGAGAAGGAAAAGAAGGAAAAGUUGCCCAAAGAAAUAGAGGAGGAUAAACUCAAAAGAGAGGAGGAGAAGAGAGAGGCAGAAAAGAGUGAAGAUUCUUCUGGAUCAGCUGGCCUGUCAAGUUUGCAUCGGACCUACAGCCAGGACUGCAGCUUCAAGAACAGCAUGUACCACGUAGGGGACUAUGUCUGUGUGGAGCCUGCUGAAGCCAACUUGCAACCUCACAUAGUCUGUGUUGAGAGACUGUGGGAAGACUCUGCCGGAGAGAAAUGGUUGUAUGGCUGUUGGUUUUAUCGACCAAAUGAAACAUUUCAUCUUGCAACACGAAAGUUCUUGGAGAAAGAAGUUUUUACAAGUGACUAUUACAAUAAAGUUCCUGCUGGCAAAAUUUUAGGCAAAUGCGUGGUCAUGUUUGUUAAGGAAUAUUUUAAAUUAUGUCCUGAAAACUUUAGAGAUGAAGAUGUCUAUGUCUGUGAGUCACGUUAUUCUGCGAAGACAAAAUCUUUUAAAAAGAUUAAACUGUGGACUAUGCCCGUUAGCUCUGUAAGAUUUGUCCCACGAGAUGUGCCUCUGCCUGUGGUCCGUGUUGCUUCUGACGACAAAGGAGAUGUUCCAGUAGAAAUGUCCAGUGGAGAACCUGGUUGCCAUUACUUUGAACAGCUCUGUUACAAUGAUAUGUGGCUUAAGGUUGGGGAUUGUGUCUUCCUAAAAUCACAUGGGUUAGUGCGAGCUCGAGUAGGAAGAAUUGAGAAGACGUGGGUGCGAGAUGGAGCAGCAUAUUUUUUUGGUCCAAUCUUUAUACAUCCUGAAGAAACUGAACAUGAACCAACUAAAAUGUUCUACAAGAAGGAAGUGUUUUUGAGUAACUUGGAGGAGACCUGUCCUAUGACUUGCAUUUUGGGAAAAUGUGCUGUUCUGUCAUCCAAGGACUUCCUCUCCUGCAGACCAACAGAAGUCUCUGAAAAUGAUGUUUUUCUUUGUGAGAGCCGCUACAGUGAAAGCGACAAACAAAUGAAGAAAUUUAAAGGGCUCAAGAGGUUUUCACUCUCCGCAAAAGUUGUAGAUGAUGAAAUAUACUGUUUUAGAAAACCUAUAGUUCCUCAGAAGGAGCCAUCUCCCCUACUAGAGAAGAAGAUCCAGCAACUAGAAGCAAAAUUUGCUGAGUUAGAAGGAGGUGAUGAAGACAUAGAAGAGAUGGGAGAAGAGGAAGGAGACAUCGCUGAAACACCUUCUAUCCCUCAGCUUCAGACCCCAUUGGCUAGCGAACUGGAUAUAAUGCCUUACACUCCACCUCAGUCCACUCCCAAGUCGGUUAAGGGCAGCACCAAGAAGGAGGGAUCAAAAAGGAAGAUCAGCAUGAGUGGUUACACCUUAUUUAGCAGCGAGAUGAGAGCUGUAAUUAAAGCUCAGCACCCAGACUACUCCUUUGGAGAGCUCAGCAGACUUGUAGGAACUGAGUGGAGAAACCUGGAAGCAACCAAGAAAGCGGAAUAUGAAGGCAUGAUGAGUGGCUAUCCACCGGUGCUGCCACCUUUGCAGGGCCCAGUUGAUGGCAUUGUUAGCAUGGGCAGCAUGCAGCCACUUCACCCAGGGGUGCCCCCACCCCACCAACUUCCGCCAGGCAUCCCAGGCAUCCCACCACCCGGUGUUAUAGGCCAAAACGUAUCCCCCACGGUAGGCACUCCAGCACCAGGAGCAAGUCCAUUUGGACAGCAGAUAGGAAUCCUUGGCCCGCCGGGACAGCAAGCACCCCCUCCGUAUCCCGGCCAGAGCGCAGCAGCGCAGCCGGUUAUACAGCAGCCCACGACUCCCGUGUUCGUCUCCCCUCCACCAAAGGCACAGAGGCUUCUUCAUUCUGAGGCCCAUCUGAAAUAUAUUGAGGGGCUUAGCGCUGAAUCAAAUAGCAUUAGCAAGUGGGACCAGACCCUUGCAGCACGAAGGCGAGAUGUCCACCUAUCAAAAGAACAAGAGAGCCGUCUCCCUUCACACUGGUUGAAAAGUAAAGGGGCUCAUACCACCAUGGCCGAUGCGUUAUGGCGUCUUCGAGACUUGAUGCUACGAGACACCCGUAAUAUCCGUCAGGCGUACAACAUAGAAAAUGUUUAAUCGUGUAAUUGCUUCUUUGAUACCGGCGUAUAAGGAGUUUUGUGGAACAAUAGCCGUUUUAGUUACUGGGUGGGGAGAGAUAACCAACAAUAAUUUGUAUUGCAUUUUACUGCACAUUGCAAGACCAUUUUUACAUAAGGACACUUUUAAUAAGCAUAUUUCACUUUUUGUUAUAUUAAGUUGCCUUUAUCAAAUACACAGAUUUUUGCAUAUGUUUCCUUUGUUUGAAAGGCAAUUUCAUAAUUGGUUAAGUGUAGUCAAGGAUUCAUCUUUCUUAUAUUUUAUUGCUGAGAACCUGAUGCCAUCAUUUUUGUAUAAAAGAAAAAAGAAAACAAAAAGCAUUUACAAAUUGGUACAAUGGAAUGUGAAAUUAGUCAUAGUUCACAUCUUAGAAGAAUGCGUGUACAUGUGCUUGUGUGUGCUAGCCACUUCCAGCAGAAAUCUCACUUGGAUGUGAACAGGGAGGAUUUCUUGAAAUGAAGCUAAAGGUAAGGGGUACAUAGAUGCUAGGAAAAAUCAAAUUUAAGUCAAUACCAAUGCUGCUGAAUGGACCACAGUGAUCAUGGAAGUGCUGGUGUGGACGGGACAAGGGUGUCUUGACUGCUGAUGUUGUCCAGUCCUGUCCAGUUAUUUAAUUGUGUAGCCAAGGCCAUUAUGAUCCUAAAUGAGUAACAGAAUACAUGUGCUUUGCAUGCCCUUGAAAGGUGCAAUGUUUUAUCUACCAUGACCUGCUUUGGGGGUUCUGUGAUGUGCCUAACACCUAGCAGUGGGAAUGGAAAGCUUGUUGCCUAAGCAAUUACGUGUGCAGUUCAGGUCUUGGAAGGUAAGUUAGAGAAGGGAAGAUGAGUUGUUUUGUUUGUGAAGUAAUGCAAUGGUUUUAAAUUCACACGUAUUCUGUUAACGAUUAGGUAUUGCAAGGUAUCUUUGUAUGCUUUCCUUAGGGGUAGCGAUUCACCUUAAUGAAAGUUUUGCAGGGCAGAUGGAGAGAAAUUUGAUGCGUAAAUCUAGCUUUAACAAAGUACUGCUGUAUGUGUAAAUUCAGCCUAUCUAGGAGGUUGGAGAAAUAAGAAAACUUGCGUUGCAGCCUUCAGAGUGCUUUUUGGUGGUGUGUUUUUUGGUUCUUUGGUUUUCCGUUUUUGUUUUUUUUUUUUUUUUUUAAUUAGUAAGGUAUGUAUGGAAUCUUCUUGCCAAAUUUCAAGGUUGUGACUGUCUUCUGCUAAGGACUUACCUGUCCUCCUAACCAACCAACCUUUUGGACUGCAAAGCUGUUUGUUUAAGGGUAAAUCCUUUCAUAGUACUUCAUUUUAGAAAAAGAAUGAAUAGUUUUUAUUUCAUUAAAUAACUGGGAAAGCAAUAUUAAUUUGAACAGUUUGUUGGCAGGAGCAUUGUCACUGCAACUCAGUCCAAAAGAAAGAGCUAAUUUACUGAUAUGCUUUCAUCUGACUGCUAGAAAUGUUCAUCAUGUGGAAAUGUAUUUUAAAGUAUACCAGUAGAAAAAAAAAUACUUGAGUGCAUUUGGCAGAAGGUUAAGUACUUUAUUCCAAUACUGGAUACCUUGGGUUCUGUUUCAGUGAUGUAAUUUAUACUGUUGAGGGAAGUGACCUGUGCAAGUAUAAACUGUUAUUUAAUUUUACUGGCUAAUUCCUCUUCCUCUCCCACUCCAACCUUCCAGUCCUUGCGUGGAAAACCCUCUAAUUACAAGUAGGCACUUGAGGACAGUUUAGGUCAGAUGUGCAAUGGAUGUGAAGGAGAUGGAGCUAAGAAGCAUGUAGGGAAAUUACAGUUUUGAACUCUCCAGGUGUUGCACCUGUGGUGCAGAAAUUCUCUACUGGCCUUUGUAAAUUACCAAGUUUAUGAAAUAAAGUAGAAACGGCAUAGUCUUAGACCUCUUCCACAUAUACAGCAUCAUCUUGAAGUGUAUUUGAAUUACCAUAGGCUUUGCAAUAUUUAGCCGCAAAGAUGGGACAUUGAACUGAAUCAAGCAGCAAAUCCUAGUUUUUGAGUAUUUGGAAGCAUCAUGGAUUGUACUAAUACCACCCGAUUCUCUUAUAUCUCAGCAUUAACAAAAAUUACACCAAAGAACCUGGGAUGAAUUUUAGUUAAGUUAUUGUUUUAUUUAUUUUCUUUUGAGGACCAGAUGGGACUCCCUUUGGAGCCUGUAGAACUGAAUUUUUUAAUUUAUCUGAAGGUCAGUGAUGAGCAGACUUGCGGCCCUGGCUCUCUCCCGCCUGAGCCGCUGCGGCACUACUUUCGCUGCUCUUUCCAGCCCGGGAGCAAGUGAUUGGAAGUGCAAGUGAAACCUGGGUCCUCCCAUAGGGCAGUGCAGAGCACUACCACUAAGCCACUGGGCUGGCCCUAAUCAAAUCUUUUAAGCGCCGUUUAUUUAUUUCAAAAUCAUGUCUCUGUAUAUUGGAGGCAUUUCAGUUGACUGCAGUAAAAUUUAGGAUAUAAUGGCUACAGUCUAGAAUUCAAAACCAGCAAAAGAAGCUUUUUUCUGACUCUGGUUUAAAAAAAAAAAAAAAAAAAAAAAAAGACGACAUGUCUGUCUAGCUGUCUAGCUGUUUCUCUCUCUCUCUCUCUUUCUGUCUGUCUGUCUGUCUGUCUCUUUCUCUCUCUGGGUAUUUGAACCCCUCAUUUGUUUUCCACUGCCGUUCAUUGUACUGGAGUAAAUGAAACUUUCCUACUAAAAUAAAAGUAUGUAUGGGAAAUGGUUGGUUUCUGUGAGAGUGGAAAAUAGAUUAAUCUAGGACCAGUAUUUUCAUAAACCAGUUGGAGACUACUUAUUAUUUGUUUCACUUUCUCAGUCCUUCCCUUCCGUGAGAAAAUUUACUGUUUGUGUAAAAACUCAAAACGUCGUUGGUGAUUUUGGGGGCAUGUUUUUGGACCUGGUUAAUUCAUGCUUGGCUUUUCCUUAAAUCUUGUACUCCCGAAAGUUCAGCUGAUAACCAGGUUUAUAACAUGUAUGUACCAUCAGUUUGUUUACCUGAGUCUUUUUAAUUUGAAUAAAAAUAGUUUGCAAAGUG